UGUGUUCUGCUGUGGGUUUAAAAGCCAGGCCCGUGCUGCUAAGAUCACUGUCUUGUGGGUCAGGAAGAAACACUUGCAGUCUUUACCUUGUUGUUGCUGCCGCUGUUGGGACCUGAUGGAGAUCUUGUGGCUUUGGCUUGGCUUCGGCCUCGUUUUUGGGCCUUGUUUGUUUUGCUCGUCGCUUGCGUUCCUGCCAACGCUGCCUGUCUCUCUCAAACAACCCCAGCCUCAGAGCCCCUCUCUGAGUGUGGCUCAGCAGCAGGAGCAGCAGCAGCAGCCUGAGCAGGUUAACACAGUCACUGUGGUCUGUCACCCAGACACUCUGGAGAUCCUGAUCACAGCUGACAUGUUUAUGGUCGGCGCUCCUGUCGACAGUCGAGAGCUGCACCUUGGCGUGGUCGACAGCGAGUUCUGCAGGGCUUCAGCUUCUUCACCAGAGGAGUACAGGAUCGUGGUUGGACUGGACGACUGUGGCACCAAACAUUGGAUGACUGAAGACUCUUUGGUCUACACUAACCUCCUCAUCUACACGCCCAUGGCAUCUCCUAAUGGGAUCGUUCGCAUGGAUGAGGCUGUCAUUCCAAUUGAGUGCCACUAUGACAGGAAGUACAGUCUGUCCAGCUCCUCCCUCAUGCCCACCUGGAUUCCCUUUACAUCCACCCAGGCUGCUGUAGAGAACCUUGACUUCACCUUGAGGAUUAUGAAUGAUGACUGGAUGUAUGAAAGAGGUGCCAAUGUCUUCAGCCUGGGUGAGCCCAUCAACCUGGAGGCUUCAGUGAGGGUGGGACAUCACAUGGGCCUCAGGGUGUUUUUGAGCAGCUGUGUGGCCACGCUCCAACCAGACAUUAACUCGGACCCUAAAUAUGUUUUCAUUGAGAAUGGGUGCCUGGUUGACUCUCAGCUCUCGGACUCCAAAGCAGAGUUUUUACCCAGAAUCCAAGAUGAGAAGCUGCAGUUGACCAUUGAUGCCUUUAAAUUCCACAAUGAUGAGCGAGGACAGCUCUACAUCACAUGCCACCUGAAUGCUGUACCAGUAACUGAUGCUGAAGCACCAAACAAAGCCUGCACCUUCAUCAAUGGACGGUGGCGGUCAGCUGAUGGAAACGACUACCUGUGUGGCUACUGUAAAGCCCAGGAGGAAGCUGGAACCAAGUCCAUCCCUGGGUUUUCUCCUCGAUCAUUUGGCAACGCAGCAGAAUCUGAGCGCAUGUGGAGGACCAGCUUGAAAACUAACAAAGUAUGGGACCAGGAGGCAACAGUUGGCCCACUAUCAAUUCUGCCAUCAAGCAAACGUGGACCUCUACCUGCAGAGGAGCUCCCUCAUGUCCUCUAUAAACUCUACAAACCUGCUCUGUAUGGCAGCCACUGGAGGAGUGGGAUGAACACAAAUGAUGAGUCUCUAGAUCUGAAGAAUGGCCUGCUUCCUGAUGAAUUUGAGCCAGAACACUUCAUUGAAGAGGAUCUAGAGGCAGGUGACUAUUCUGAACCUGAACACCCUCUCCUGGAGACCAGCCUGACGUCCUUGGAUGUGAACCAAAACUCCACAGGCUCUAACAAUGAUGUGCUGUUCGAAAUGAAGACUCUGCCUACAAAUGCAACUGUAACUGACCCUUUGGAUGAAACUGAUCCAAAGAAAUAAACUGUUUAAAUUAAAA